AUGGCCUCACCUCCAGCCCGCAAAUCGCCGACGCCAGAAGAAAAGAAGCGUGUCCUUGACGCAUACAUCAACGGCGGCCGCGAUUGGAAGAUCAUCGCAGCGCACCUCGAAGUCAACUGCCUGACGCAUCGCCCACUCGAAUCGCAUCACCUCACUACCGCGCGGAGGACAACGCGACAAGUGCACGAAAGUAACGCCUGCGAUCUGUGCCGCGAAAAGCGACAAGAGUUUGCCCGUGCUGUCCUGCAACACCAAGAAAGUGCCGAUUACAUGGUGUACUACGACGAAACGAAUUAUAUCUUGUACUGCAAGCGUUCCUUGGGCCGCUCCAAGAAAGGCGAACGAGCUGUGGUGACGCUACCUCCCUCCAAAGGACCCAACCUUCAAAUCCACUGUGCGGUGUCCGCCCGCGAUGGGCUUGUCUGCAGCCGCCUCGAACACGGAAGCAUACCAAUGGAGCAAAACGCCGCAUUUAUUGUGAUCUUUUUGGACAAUGCACCUGCUCAUUCGCAGACCGAAACUCGGGUAGUGGCUCAUGACGACAUGGUGCUCCUUCGGCUCUCCAAUGCUCAACCCUAUCGUGUCAUGCUUCAGUGUCUUAAAGGCUGCGAUCAAGCGUUACCUGGCCCUGACAUGUUUGAUCGACGAGACUACGACACAUACCUCGAGGCCCGCAUGUGCCUCUUAGAGGAUGCCGCUAGGGAGUCGCUCGUGAUGUGCAGCGCAAAAAUUCAGAUCAAAGUGAAAUGCCAAGGCGCGAAAUGUGCGCGGGUAGAUGUGCUUAAUUCAGCUAGUUGUCCAUUUUCCAAUCUCUCGUCUUGUCCCCGAAUGGCAAAGCACAAGGGUCCAACUCCUGACGAGAAGAAACAUGUUCUCGAUGCACACCUUCGUGGUAAAGACUGGAAGACAGUCGGCAAACACAAUGGAGUAACCAUGGCGACUGCGAGGCGUGUGGUCAUCACCGGACGAACCACGCUACUCCAAAGUGGUUGGUUUCGAACGUCGAAGUCAAAAGUCACGCCCGAGAUCCGAGCAGCCUUGGAGACGUACAUAAAUGCGAAUUGCCAAUACACCCUGCGUGAAAUGCAAAGUUUUCUUGCUGUCGACUUUCCGGGAACGAGCAUUUCUGUUCAAACCAUCAGUCGACACCUCCUGGGCAUGCUUUACUUUGUUAAACAAGUACGCAUCGAACCGGUGACAUGCAACAACGACGUCAACAAGGCCAAGCGGCAAAACUUUGCCCUGAAACCGCGCAUGCAUCAAUAA